ACCUGAACUCGUGCGUGUUGUUUGUCCUUGGUCGCUCACUGGACAUUGAUCAUUAGCUCGCCACCCCCCCCCCCCCCCCCUGAUCUCCGGUGGCUUGACACUCUUGGACUCUUGAUCAUGGAGCCCGGAAAGGAACUGACGGCCACCUUGGCGCUGGCGGUUUUCACUGCAGUGUUGGGCUCCCUGCAAUACGGCUACAGCCUGGGAGUCAUCAACGCCCCGCAACGGGUGAUCGAGAGGCACUAUGGGCGCUCGUUGGGCGUUUGGCCCCAGGAAGCCGACCCCAUGUCGCGAAACGCCAGCCGCACGGCGGACACUGCGCAGGAACAGGUUCACCCGACUGUGAUCAUGUACUGGUCCCUGUCGGUAGCCAUCUUCUCGGUCGGUGGCGUGCUCUCCUCCUUCCUGGUGGGAUUCGUGGGAGACUUCAGAGGCAGGGUGAAAGGAAUGUUGGCGAUCAAUGUGCUGGCCGUGGGUGCCGGACUCCUGAUGGGACUGUGCAAGAUGUGGAAGCCUCACCUCAUGGUCAUCGCGGGCCGAGCCAUCAUGGGCUUCUACUGCGGCUUGACGUCCGGCCUGGUCCCCAUGUACGUCGGCGAGAUCGCGCCCAAAGCUUACCGAGGGGCCCUGGGGACCUUGCACCAGCUGGCGAUUGUCAUCGGCAUCCUCACCAGCCAGGUGAUCGGCUUGGACUUCAUCCUGGGGAACGACGCCAUGUGGCCCCUGCUCCUGGCGCUGUCGGGGGCCCCCGCCGUCCUGCAGUCCCUCCUGCUGCCGCUGUGCCCCGAAAGCCCGCGCUACCUCUACAUCCUUCUGGGAAAGGAACGCGAGGCUGAGGAAAGCCUGUACCGACUGAAGGGGGCGUACGACGCGUCCGCCGAUCUGGACGAGAUGAGGCGGGAGAAGGAGGAGGCAGACAAGGUGGCUCGGGUCUCCAUCGCGUCUCUGAUCUGCUCGUCGGCGUACAGGCGGCCGCUGUUCGUGGCCCUCGGGAUGCACUUGUCGCAGCAGCUGUCGGGCAUCAAUGCGAUCUUUUACUACUCCACGGCAAUCUUCUCCCAGGCCGGCGUCAGUCAGCCCGUCUAUGCCACCAUCGGCGUCGGCGCCAUCAACACCAUCUUCACUCUGGUGUCUGUGGCGCUGGUGGACCGAGCCGGCAGGCGCACACUGACGCUAGCCGGCCUGGGCGGCAUGUGCUGCUGCGCCGUCGCCAUGACGGUCGGCCUCAAGUUGCAGAGCUCGUACGCCUGGAUGAGCUACGUUAGCAUGUCGGCCAUCUUCCUUUUUGUGGCCUUCUUUGAGAUCGGGCCCGGUCCCAUCCCGUGGUUCAUCGUGGCCGAGUUGUUCAGCCAGGGCCCGCGACCGGCGGCCAUCGCCCUCGCCGGCUGCUGCAACUGGACUAGCAACUUCGUCGUGGGCAUGACUUUUUCCUACAUACAGAACUGGCUGGGCGCGUACGUCUUCGUCUUGUUCGCCGGGCUGCUUUUUGGCUUCACCGCAUUCACGUACCUGCGAGUGCCAGAGACCAAGGGCAAGAGCUUCGAAGAGAUCGGCGAGCUUUUCCGAAAGGGCGCCAAAAAGGCGCCGGCCAACGGCAAGAGCGACGACGUGGAAUUGCAGCGGCUCAAAACUGCGACGCACGCUUGAGG